CUUUGUUCAGCCCCGACGCGUUUCAUCAUGGAAAAGCACUGAUACGAUGCAGUUAUAAGUGGUAGUUACUAAGUCCAUAUCAUUGGCCGCUUUCUUAAUUAUUGCCUCUUGUUCAGGAAGACGGUUCGUAAUAUAUAUGUUACGCUUGUUUAAAAUGUUUUUCUGGUAUUUCAGAUUCCUCCUGGCCUUGUAUACAGCGUGCUUAUCGUCGAAGUAUACAAACUUGCAAAUGAUAGUGGGACAAUUAUUUCCGUAAUUUCCCAUAUACAAGUGACAAGCUUUAAUUCCCCCUUUGAAAAAAUCAAUUAUCGCAUCCGUAACGUCAUCUACUGCCCUUGCAUCGAACGGCGGAUUCCACACAAGCAGACUAUCCUUGUCGAUCAUUGGCUCAACAAAAUGGCGCGACUGCAGUUUGAUCACAUUUUAUUUGCCAUUCGCAAUCGAAUCAUUUAGCUUCGGAUUUCUGACACUUCUAAACAUUUGCCCAAUAAACCAAGUUAGAAAUAAACAACGAUGCAUCUGUUACUGAUUUUGGUAAUAGUUCCUAUUCUGUUCAUAUCACAGACUAAGUCUGACAUCAAAAUCGGGAAAUGUCCAAAAGUGCGUCCUAUUUUCGUGGACCAGAACAACUUGGGGGGCAAGUGGUUCGAAAUUAAGCGUGCUGAUUCAAUGGGGGAGCCGGGGAAGUUCUGCAAUUUUGUGGAUCUGACGUUUGAGUAUGAUGAGUCAGGCAUGGCUCGUUUGCAAGUAAACCAAACUGCUUACACCGGUCGACAAUUCAGAAGUACGCUCAUAUACGCAGAGCAACCCGACACGACUCUAGGCCAACUGCACUUCGACGUUGGUAAAUGGGCUCCCCUAGUAAACACCAAAGACCCGAACCACUUCUUCAUCUACGUCGACGACAACUUCUCCGUCUCGUAUAGCUGCCAGCAAGUCGGCCCAAUGCGAAUGGAGCUAGCUUUCAUUAGUUCAAGAGAACGGUUUCCGGAAAAUCUAGACGAAAACAUGCAAAGACUCGAACAUGUUUUGAAAAGUGAAGAUGUUGGUUUGAAAUUGGACUUUGUAGACCAGACGAAGUGUCCUUCAAUAGAAGAAAAUACGAUGAGAGAAGAAAUAAGAGAAGUAGAGAACGAUGAAGAAAGGUCACACGAAAUGAACAAUAGACUAUUGGCAUUGUUGCAGAAUAGACUUGACAGGGUAUACAGUUAAUCUAUGUAUGAAAUAGUAUAAAAGUAAAAAAGUCUAAUAGUUCUUUCUGAGUUGAUUUUGUGAAUAAGAUUUCAUAUUUUGGAUCUUAUUAUUACAAGGCUACAAAUUAUUUGAGGAAAAUUUAGUU